CCCGCCCGCGCAUGCGCCCUGCGCCGCCCCGAGCCCACACGGUCCCGGGCCCAGACGCGACGCGAGGGGGCGGGGCGGGGCGGGGCGGGGCGGGGCGGGGCGGCCGUUGGCGGCCGUUGGCGAGCGGCAGGAGCUGAGGGAAGAUGCGCCACAGGCGCUGCUGACCUCUGACCUUGCAGAGACCUGCUUUAUCAGUGGAAGUCCAAAAAUAUAAGAACAAUGAAAGGAAUCUACCCUUCAUGCUCCAUGUUUUCUCUGCUAUUAUGAGCUGUGAUGGCCAGUCACCAGGCAGAAGUUCAGAGUUUGAAGCUAGAUAAUGAUUCAGUCAUAGAAGGAAUAAGUGACCAGGUACUGGUGGCAGUUGUGCUCAGUUUCACUUUCAUUGCUGCUCUGGUAUAUACGCUUUUAAGAAACGAACAUCAGAACAUACACCCGGAAAAUCAAGAGCUAGUAAGAGCUCUUCGACAGCAGCUUCAAACUGAACAGCAGGAUGCCUCUGCUGGUGACAGACAUCGCUUCUAUACAGAUAUGUCUUGUCCAGUCUGUUUGCAACAAGCUACAUUUCCUAUAGAAACAAACUGUGGACAUCUCUUCUGUGGUUCCUGCAUUAUUGCAUACUGGAGGUAUGGAUCGUGGCUUGGUGCAAUCCGUUGUCCAAUCUGCAGACAAACGGUAACAUUGUUUUUACCACUCUUCGGUGAAGAUCAGCAGGAUGCAGCCCAAGUACUGCAAGAUGUUAAUGAUUACAAUCGGAGAUUCUCGGGACAACCCAGAUCUAUUAUGGAAAGAAUUAUGGAUCUGCCCACUUUACUGCGGCAUGCAUUCAGGGAGAUGUUUUCUGUUGGGGGCCUCUUCUGGAUGUUUCGCAUCAGAAUAUUCCUCUGCUUGCUUGGAGCUUUGCUCUACCUGGCAUCACCUCUGGAUUUUCUUCCUGAAGCCCUCUUUGGAAUCCUGGGGUUCUUGGAUGAUUUCUUUGUCAUUUUUCUCCUGCUGAUAUACAUCUCCAUCAUGUACCGAGAAGUGGUAACACAGCGGCUGAAUAGAUGAAACGGAUGAAAAUCUCCGAGAUGCACAGGUGUUUGUGGAAUGUUUUAAAAAGAGAACUAUAAGUAUGGAGUAGUAAGGUGCCUGUGCACAGCUUCAGUAACUGCAAUUUCAUGGCUUCUAGCUGAUCAUCUUAUACAAGUAUGAACAAUUAGUAUGUGGUGAUGCUUAACUGGAAUCUUUGUGUAUUACAAAAGCUUCAUAAUGAUGAGGUUAGUUUUAUAAUGUAAUAAGCUACCUUCAUCUGCUUAUAUCUAAUGAACAAUUGUAUGUAAUCAAAGCAGAAAACACCUCUUUUGGGGUGUGAUUUGUGAAAAGGGAGCUCUGGUAAAGAACUUCUAAGAAAAAAUACAUUUGGGUACUUUAGACGUGUAUAAAGAAAUUUCAGAAACUCUUCAGAGGACAGUUACCAUGACUAAAUUGUUUAAUGUCUCACCGCUGUGGGCUAGAGUUUUUUAAAAUCAAAGUAGCGUGUUGUAUCUCUGUGGAAGAAGAAACCCAAGGACUGCAUUACAGGUAUCAGCCUACAGUUUACUGCUGUCCACUUGCUUCACAAAAACAAGGAGAACACCUCAGUAUUGCUUAAGCUGCACUAUGUACGGUUGCAUGCAAUUCGUACAAUUUUAUUUUUAUAUUUCGUAAUAUGCACACACCAGACGAUCUACAUGGAGAAACCAGUAUUAUGCACACCAAACUGGCUAGUGCUCUGUGUUUCAAUGGGAGCAUGGUUUUUCUCUUCAGCUUGUUUAUUUGGUGGGUUAUAUACCUUGAAAGUGGCAUUUUUGUGCCGCUUCAGGUCAAUGCAGUAUAUCUAUAUUGGACAUUUGCAUCCCUGUAACUGCAUUCAAGAAUCUGGCCAAUAGAAAGAACCCUCAGAUUUUAGGCAGUAAUCAAAGAAAAGAACUCAGAACUGGAUGUUUACAGAACUUUACCUGAUUGUAUAUUUGCAACACUAAUAUUAAACAACUUAGAUAUGUGGGUGUUUGAUUUUCACUUGAGGAUUUCUUGUUUGAUUGGCUGGUUGACUUGGAUGUGGGCAGAGGGUGUUCUGAAUUAACUUGAAAAAGAUCUAUGAAUAGGGACCACCAAAAAAAAAUAAAAAUCUGGAAAUAUUUUCGAACCUACCAGAGUAUUAAUUAUCCUUAAAGUUGAUUCUUUUUCUGAUGUAUUUCAAUAUAGGCUAUCAUAGCUACAGAAUUCAUUUGAAAGUACUUUCAUUUUAUGUAAGGGAAUGCCACUAGAAAGCUCAAGAAUAUUCCAUAUCUGUGUACUUUUUAGUUUGAGGAAAGGUAAUUGCCAUUUUACUUUAACUUCCUGAGUACUUGAAAGACAGCAAUUAGACAGGUGAUUCUUUGCAUGUUUACAUUGUAUUGGAUGAGACUUAAAAUGAAAGGGACCUUUCCACCACUUCUGUGUUUCGCCCAUGUCGGCAUCUUUCCACAGCUUCUAGUACCUAGGCAUGUUCAGGAAGAUGAUAUAACUGGCACCUGAUGUGUCAUUCUAUGGUUGGUGCUGGAGAUUGUCCCUCAGUGUUUUAAAUUACAUUCAUUUACAGGUAAAUCCACUGAUUCUUCAUUUGGAAAUUUGCUAUUGAAAGUCCAGUGAUGUUUUCCAAAUGAACUGGAAGGCUAAAUUUUUCCUUGUUGCUAUGUGUGUUAAAGAUGGGCAAGAAGAGAAACAGGAAGUGAAACAAGGGUGAGGGGGAGAAGAGCAGGACAGAAAAUGAUGUCUUGAUUAGCAAACCCUGUUGUUUUUAGCAAACCAGCCAUUCUUGAGCAUAUUAGUUGAGCUUAACUCUCUGUUUUGGUAUUGUUAAUGUAUGGUGAUGGUGUGGUGGCUACCUCAGUUAAGUCUUUAAGGUAUUAUUGAGUAAGUGUGGGAUAUUCAUAAGCUGUUAGACGUAUUUACAAAGCAAGAUAGUAAUUUAGAAUAAACAGAAUUUUGUAGUUUUGCUUUAAGCAUGGUUUGUUUGUUUGUUUUUCCAAGAGAUCCAGCUGAGAGCAAACUCCAAAAAAGUAUUUACAAUCAAGUAAAUGUAACACCUCCUUUUUUUCCUAGAGUUUAGCUUGUGGGUCUGCUUAGAGAACAGUGUGUACUGCUGUUGUAGGAUAACUGGACUCUGUUCAUAGAAUCUGGUGAUCUGGUACCUCCUACAUGCGUUUAUCCUGUGAUUGUGGUUAUACUUUUUCCCACGACUCUCCAGAUCGAGUUGGUAUAGAAACUGCCUAGUGAUUUUUCAUUGAGCUCCCAAAUUCCACAUGAUACUGUGAAGAAGUUAACGCAGAAAAGCCCUUCCAAGGAGUCUGUUCCCAAAGAACAGAUCUUCCUUUGUAUCUGAAAUCAUGUACAAGCCACAUUUGAGUAACUACGUAAAGUUUACCUGUGUUCUGUUCACCACGUUUCUGCUAGCCAGCAGGAUUUCACUCAGAGGCCUCAGCUUACUUUUGAAUAUUGAGUAAGACUGUAAGCUUUAAUUAAGCACAGUAAAUGCUUGACAGAAUAAAGACCAUCCUGCCUUUUCA